AUGCUCGACCCAAGCACACGACUGCGCCAAGCAAUCAUCAACGACAACCUGGCGGUGGUCUCACGACUGGUGCGCCGGUUUCCAGACCUGCUGGAAAACAUCGACCCCAAAAACGGCUGGUCCAGUCUCCAUUACGCAGGAUACUACGGCCACUACCUGAUAUGCACCUAUCUGGUCUCCAAGGGUCAUGAUACGGUCGAAGUCAGUCUGGAUUUUGAGCAGCGCACGCCUCUGCACUUGGCCGCGUCCAAAAACCACGAGCAAACGGUGCACUUCUUGGCUCAACAACAACAAUUCUCUCUUCGUCGAGAAGAAGAUGACGCCACCAACUCGACAUCCAAAACAGGCACUUCUGUGUCCACCACAACCGUCUCAACCACACCAUCCACACCGGAAAUGACUUGGGACGGCGAAAACACUCUUGCAAGCAUAAAGUCUCGUUCUCGAGCGAGCUCAGUUUUGUCCAACGGCUCAAGCAAAAUGAAGGCCAAGGUGGAGGAAACGAAAAUGGAAACCGACGUAUCCUUGGAGCGGGUACUCAACUGGAAGGACAUCCGGCAUCAAACUGCUCUCUUUGUGGCAGCUAUGCACGGUCACAAUCCCUGUGUGCAGCUACUCUUGGACUUUGGGGCGGACAUUGACGUCACUGACGCCUCAGGAACUCGUCCCAUACACAUGGCCGCAGCAUAUGGGCAUUUGAAGACGAUCAAGACGCUGAUUGAUCGAGACGCUGAUGUGGCAACCCCCAAUCAGGAUGGAUGGACUCCACUGCAGUUUUGUGCAUCCAAGGAUAUCGAGGACUACUUUCGAGCGCUGGUCGCAGAGAGAGCAUCUCGACAUCAGCAGCGGUUGGUGCAGCAGAAGGAGCGCGAGCAGCAACGAGAGCGGGAAAAAUCCUUCACCACCUCUACAAGAACAUUCUCCAUGGACAGUACUGCCACCAGCAUCAAACCAAUGACCCCGUUGGUGGAUGGUGGAAGCAACAAUGGUGGAUUCUCUUCCCCUCGCGUUUCCGUGGAGGAGUUUUCGCCCACGCACUUCCUAUCUCCCAAGCAGACUCUGAUGUCCAGAUCGCCGUCCGUCUCGUCUGUUCAUUCCGAAGAACUUCCAUCGGACAAUCGCCUGUCGUCAAUUCCAUUCUCUUCGGCAUAUCGACCUCGAUCUCCACCUCCGGACUUUACCCAGCAUCUGAAUCUGCAUUCCUCUCGAAGACGAGGCAUGAGUACGGGCAGUAGUGCUCCAAACUCGCGUUCUUCAUCUCCCGCAUCGACCCAAUCCUUCAGAAACUACGAAGAGGAUAGUGGCAGUGAAAGAAGCACCUCUGGGAGCAUCAACCGGGUUCCCAACUUCUCCAGAAAGGGCAGUUUGACCAACCCGUCUCCUGCAAGCUUUCAGAGUGCAAGAUCGUCUGUAUCCCCCUACACUUCCCCCUCAAAACCCGAUCGGAUAGGGUUGGGGUUUGUCAACGGGCUUGUAAACGGCGUCAUGGACAGAUCUCCAACUAAACAACGACGCCCUUCAUUGCCUACGUUUACACGCCAUCAACGCACCAACUCAGGAGGGUCUAUGCCGCAGCCUUACCUUGGCAGAAACAGCACUUCUUCGACGAGACUUCCUUCAUCUACUAGUGUGUCUACUCUGGGAAGUAUUGUUUCAACGAGUUCAGAGGACUCUUCUGGCCAUGAGAUGCAAAAGGAGUUGAGUAAUGCGUCUUCCACGACGGGUACCGGAGCGUUCAGACGACUGUUUCAUUCUCGGUCCCAGAUUCUCAGAGAGAAGGAGGGUGUCUGA